UCUCUUUUCUUUCAAAAAACCCAAUCCGUAGAUUUCCUCAUAAUGGCCUGGGGCUUGCUCCUCUUCACAAUCCUUGCGUCCAUCAUUGGUCCCAGUGUCCAGCAGUUACAGACUUUGAAGGACCCUGAAUUUGUGGCACCAGGUGGGACAGUCACCAUGUCUUGUAGGUUCAACAGUGGAAACAUCGGUGAUAGCAACUACCCAUGGUGGGCACAGAAAAAAACUGGGAGUAGACCCCGACAGAUAAUGUACUCCACCAGCACCCGGCCGUCUGACGUUCCAGCCCGUUUCUCUGGGUCUCGAUCGGGGAAUGUGAUGUCCCUGACCAUCACGGGGGCCCUUCUGGAGGACGAAGCUGCUUAUUACUGCUGCGUGUGGACUGGGAGUCAGUGGGUCUUCGGAGGAGGGACCCACCUGACUGUCACAGGUCAGCCAACAGUACCUCCAACAGUGAACGUCUUCCCACCAUCCCCAGAAGAACUGAAGAGCUCAGACAAAGCCACCCUGGUGUGUCUCAUAGAUGGCUUUUACCCAGGUGUUGUCCAAGUUACCUGGCAGGCUGAUGGCACCCCCAUCUCCUCUGGGGUGGAGACAACCACGCCUACCAAGCUGAAUGACAAGUACGCGGCCAGCAGCUACCUCAGCAUGAAAAAGUCUGACUGGGAGAGCUAUGAGGCAGUCAUCUGCAAAGUGACGCAUGAAGGGAAGACCGUUGAGAAGGUGGUGAGGAGAUUGGACUGUGCCUAAAGGCUGGAUGGGUCUGAUGAGUUCCUCGUGCCUCCAGAAGCUGAGAAGAAAGAGUCCUUUCAUGUUCAAGGGGGCCAAGUUUAUUCUCUGAUUUCCUCUAAUGCUACGUUGAUCCAUCCAGCCUGGUUUCCUUCCUAUGUCGUUCCCCUCCCCACACCCUCUCCCUUCCUCUUCUCCCUGGAAUCUCCUUUGUAUGUUGGCUUAUAAUGUCUGCAAAUGAAUAAAAUGUCAUACAUUUCAC